AUCCGUGGAAACCAAACUCAAUGAAAGGAAAACUAAACUGGAAGAGACCCUCAACUUGGCAAUGGAGUUCCACAAUUCUCUCCAAGACUUCAUCAACUGGCUUACCCAGGCUGAACAGACCCUAAAUGUAGCCUCUCGGCCAAGUCUUAUCUUGGACACCGUCUUGUUUCAAAUCGAUGAACAUAAGGUCUUUGCCAAUGAAGUGAAUUCUCACCGUGAGCAGAUAAUAGAGCUGGAUAAAACUGGAACACACCUGAAAUAUUUUAGUCAGAAACAAGAUGUUGUCCUCAUUAAGAAUCUACUUAUCAGUGUACAAAGUCGAUGGGAAAAAGUGGUUCAACGGUUAGUAGAAAGAGGAAGAUCUUUGGAUGAAGCAAGGAAGAGGGCCAAGCAGGUAAAACUUGAUAUAAAAAUUCUUUGAACUGGGCAAUACAUC